ACUCCUGCUUUAGAUCCUUUUAAAAAAGAUUUUUCUCUUCUUUUUGUAGUGAAUUUGCUGGAUACGUCCAAGAUUAUUGGAGACUGGGGCUGGCUCAUUUAUCCUUCCCACGGGUGGGACUCCAUCAACGAGAUGGACGAGUUUUUCCAGCCCAUCCACACCUACCAGGUGUGCAACGUCAUGACGGCCAACCAGAACAACUGGCUGAGGACCAGUUGGAUCCAGCGGCACGGAGCUCACCGGGUUUACGCCGAGAUCCAGUUCACCUUACGGGAUUGCAACAGCAUGCCCGGCGUGCUGGGCACUUGCAAAGAGACCUUUAACCUUUACUACCUCCAAUCCGACCGGGAUCUGGGCAGUACCACCCGCGAGAGCCAGUUUGUCAAAAUCGACACCAUCGCGGCCGACGAGAGUUUCACCAACGUGGACCUCGGGGUCCGGCGGCUGAAGCUCAACACCGAAGUCCGGGGAGUCGGACCCUUGACCAAGCGGGGUUUUUACCUGGCCUUCCAGGACAUCGGGGCCUGUAUCGCCGUCGUGUCCGUCCGCGUCUAUUACAAAAAAUGUCCCGCCAUGGUCAGGAACCUGGCGGCCUUCUCCGAAGCAGUGACGGGCGCCGAUUCCUCCUCCCUGGUGGAGGUGCGGGGAGAGUGCGUUUCGCACUCGGAGGAGAGGGACACCCCUAAAAUGUACUGCAGCGCGGAAGGCGAGUGGCUGGUGCCCAUCGGGAAGUGCGUCUGCAGCGCCGGGUACGAAGAACGGAAGGAUGCCUGUUCGGCCUGCCAAGUUGGGUUUUAUAAAUCUUCCCCCGGAGACCAGCUGUGUGCCAGGUGCCCCCAGAACAGCUACUCCGACACCCUGGCCGCGCAGGUGUGCCGCUGUGAAAACACCUUUUACCGCGCGCCCCACGAUCCCCCUUCAGCGGCCUGCACGCGUCCUCCGUCCGCUCCCACGAACCUGCUGUCCAGCGUGAACGGCACGACCGUGACCCUCGACUGGGCCCCUCCGCUGGACAAAGGAGGACGCCAAGACGUCACCUACAACGUGAUCUGUCAUCGCUGCACCUGGGGAGGGGGCCACUGCGAAUCCUGCGGGUCUGGGAUCCGUUUCCUCCCCCAGCAGAUGAAUUUGGCCCAGGGGUCUCUCUCCAUCUCCAACCUUCUGGCUCACACCAACUAUUCCUUCUCGGUGGAGGCCGUCAACGGCGUCUCCGACCUCAGCUUCGAGUCCCCAAGAUUUGUGGCCGUCAACAUCACCACGAACCAGGCAGCGCCUUCCCAAGUGACGACAAUCGACCAGCAAAAUGUGGGUCAGAACAGCGUCACCCUCCUGUGGUCCCAGCCGGAUCAGCCAAACGGCAUCAUUCUGGAAUACGAAAUUAAAUAUUACGAGAAGGACAAGGAGAUGCAGAGCUACUCUACCCUGAAGUCCAAGGGCAACCGCACCACCGUCUUCGGCUUGAAACCGGCUACCCGCUACAUCUUCCAGGUCCGAGCCAGGACCUCGGCCGGUUGCGGGAAGUUCAGCGAAACCCUGGAAGUCGAAACAUCCAUUGUUUCUGUUUCUUCCUCUUCCUCUUCUUCUCCUCCUUUUCUUCUUCCUCCUCCUCCUCCUCCUCUUCUUCUUCUACUCCUCCUCCUCCUCUUUCUUCUCUCCAACAGGCACUGUGGCUACAGCAAGGCUUUCCAAGAUCCCGACGAGGAGAAAAUGCACUACCAGAACGGACAAGUGAAAUUCCCCGAGUCUAAAUUUUACCUGGAAUCGCACACCUACGAAGACCCCUGCCAGGCCGCGCACGAAGUCAUGCGGGAAAUUGAUGCGUCUCGGAUUAAAAUCGAACGAGUGAUCGGCUCGGGUGAAUCCGGAGAGGUCUGUUAUGGCCGCCUAAAGAUCCCUGGGAAAAGAGAGGUCCCCGUGGCGGUCAAGGCCUUAAAACCUGGUUACACCGAAAAGCAACGGCGGGAUUUCCUCAGCGAAGCCAGCAUCAUGGCUCGGUUUGAUCACCCCAACGUUAUCCACCUGGAAGGGGUGGUGACCAAAAAUAAACUGAUGAUGAUUGUGACCGAGUAUAUGGAAAAUGGAUCGCUGGAUUCCUUCCUCCGGAAACACGACGGGCAAUUUACGGUUCUCCAGCUGGUAGUCAUGCUGAGGGGCAUCGGCGCCGGCAUGCGCUACCUCUCCGACCUGGGUUACGUCCACCGGGACUUGGCGGCUCGUAACAUCCUCAUUAACGGCAACCUGGUUUGCAAAGUGUCGGACUUUGGCCUCUCGCGCGUGCUGGACGACAAUCCCGAUGCGGCUUACACAACCACAGGAGGGAAGAUCCCUGUCCGGUGGACGGCUCCCGAAGCCAUCACGUUCCGGAAGUUCUCGUCGGCCAGUGACGUCUGGAGUUACGGCAUUGUCACGUGGGAAGUGCUGGCUUAUGGAGAGCGGCCGUAUUGGAACAUGACCAAUCAAGACGUCAUUCAGUCAGUGGAGGAAGGCUACCGGCUGCCCGCUCCCAUGGGCUGCCCCGUGGCGCUGCACCAGCUGAUGUUGAACUGUUGGCAGAAAGAACCGGACGAGAGGCCGCGCUUCUCCCAAAUCCUCGGCGUCCUGGACAAACUCAUCCGCAACCCUCAGAACUUAAAAUGCACCGCCACACUCAACCGGUUCACACAAACGCUGUCCGAACGGAGCCACAUUGAUUUCACCCACUGCGGCUCCGUGGAGGAAUGGCUGGACUCCAUUCGGCUGGGAAGGUACCAAGAGAAUUUCGCCCUGGGUGGCUAUUCGUCUCUCGGCAUGGUGAUGCACAUGAAUAUUGAAGAUGUGCAAAACCUGGGGAUCAGCUUGACGGGCCACCAGAGGAAGAUUCUAACCAGCAUCCAAAUCAUGAGGUCCCAACUUCUCAACACCAUGGGUUGCCGGAGACCCCUCUGAUCGGAACUCCUUCAGGGACCGAGGAGCUCUUUUGCGGCUGCUUGAGAGGGUUUCGCGCGGGGGGCGAACCCCACCGCGGAGUUAGCCGGAGCCUCGCUUGUGGUGUCAGCGGUGGGAUACCCGCUCGCCGCUCAGAACAAGGAAGUUGAAGGAGGCCCCAGAAACAGGCCGGGUCCUGUUCUGCAUUUAAAGUGGACUCCUUCAGAUUGAACUUCUCCAGAACUUGAGCUCUACCUACCAGAGAGCCGUGAUCGGGUAGGGCGAGGGAGGGUUGGGGUCAGUGGUGGGAUUCAGCCAGUUCGCACCAGUUCGGGAGAACCGGUUGUUAACUUUCUGAGCAGUUUGGUAAACUGGUUGUUGGAAGAAAUCAUUAGGGCAGAGAACCGGUUGUUAAAUGACUUGAAUCCCACCACCGGUUGGGGUGUCUCCCGUACGAGACGAUCUUCGUGACUAGCCGGAGAUGUGACCACUGUGGAUUCUUACAGACUUUUUUUUUUUUAAAAAAAGACACUGAUUGCAAUAACGUUCGGACG